UCUCUAUUGAAAGGGGGACAAAUAUUUAUAACUUAUAGCUUCUACCUCUUCUACAGCUCCCUAAACACUAUUUCCUCAUUAAUUAUCAGUCAGCUGGUGAGUUUUAGCUGAGGUGAGUGACAUCAACAAAGAUGGCACUUUAUAAGGCCCUGCAGACACCCCCUGUCUCGUAUUUGUUAACUGGGCACUCCCAACAACUCAGAGAUGCCUCUCUGUGUACUACUCCUGGUCUACACCUUGCUGGCAAAGGCAGAGAAGCCUUUCUGUCACUUGAUGGGGAUGCCGGAGGUACCCUUGUUAUCAAAGGAAGGAGAUGUGAUCAUCGGAGGAGCAUUUUCAAUUCACAGCAAAGUCACACAACCAACAAUAACUUUUAGGGGGAAACCAGAACCUGUCACAUGCUCAAGCAUAAACUUCAGAGAAUUCCGCUUUGCUCAGACAAUGAUUUUUGCCAUUGAGGAGAUCAAUAACAGCAGUAGCUUACUUCCAAAUGUGUCCAUAGGUUAUAAAAUAUAUGACAGUUGUGGCUCAACUCUGUUGUCUAUGAGAUCAGCUAUGGCUUUAUUGAAUGGACAAGACCUCACAGUGGAGGAUUCGUGUGCUGGGCAGUCAGCAGUGCAUGCAAUUAUAGGAGAAUCCGAGUCCUCCUCAACUAUAGUACUUUCCAGAACUACAGGACCCUUCAAAAUACCUGUGAUCAGUCAUUUUGCCACUUGUGCCUGUCUGAGUAACAGGAAAGAGUUCCCCUCCUUCUUCAGAACCAUUCCCAGUGACUACUACCAGAGCAGGGCACUGGCUCAGCUUGUAAGACACUUUGGCUGGACCUGGGUUGGGGCUGUGAGAAGUGAUAACGAUUAUGGAAACAAUGGUAUGGCAACAUUUGUGGAGGCUGCACAGAGAGAGGGAGUGUGCGUUGAGUACUCAGAGGCCAUUCUGAGGACGAACUCUCGUGAGAGGAUUGCCAGUGUGGUGGAGGUCAUAAGAAUGGGCACAGCUCGUGUGCUGGUGGCCUUUCUGGCACAGAGUGAGAUGGAGGUGCUGCUGGAAGAGGCCCUCCUUCAAAAUCUCACUGGGCUGCAGUGGAUAGGGAGUGAGUCCUGGAUCACAGCUAGGCACCUGGCCACACGAAAGACAGCCAGGAUCAUCAGUGGAGCCAUUGGCUUUACGAUAAGCAGGUCAAAAAUCCCCGGGCUGAGGGACUUCCUCUUGAGGGUGAAUCCAUCAGAAAACAAUUCCAGCUCCAUUCUGAGAGAGUUCUGGGAGACAGCAUUCCAAUGCCAGUUGUCUGAACAAAGCAAUAUAAAUAGUAUGAGGCAAUGUUCAGGUUCAGAAAACCUGACAGAGCUUAAAAACCCCUUUACUGAUUUGUCAGAGCUUAGGAUCUCCAAUAAUGUGUACAAAGCAGUAUACACAGUGGCUCACAGCGUGCAGAACCUUUUGAACUGUACAGAUGGUCAACAUCCUUUUGAGGCCAGAGAGUGUAUUCUGAAAGAAAGUAUUAAGCCAGGUCAGGUAUUACAUUAUUUACAUGGGGUGAAUUUUACAAUGCCUUCUGGAGAGAAGGUUUACUUCGACCAAGAUGGAGAUCCAGCAGCAAGAUAUGAGUUGGUGAACUGGCAGAAAAAUGCUGCAGAAGACACUGUGUUUGUGACUGUUGGGGAAUAUGAUGCCUCACAGCCGGAAGGCAAGCAGUUUGCCAUGAAAGAUGUCAAUAUUGUUUGGGCUGGCAACAGCAACUCAAAACCAAGCUCUGUGUGCAGUGAGAGCUGCCUCCCAGGCUAUCGCCAGGCUGCGAUCAGAGGGAGGCCCGUGUGCUGUUUCUCCUGUGUGCAGUGUGCUGAGGGAGAGGUCAGCAGUAAAAUGGAUUCUACAGAAUGCACAAAGUGUCCUCUGGAGUUCUGGUCAAAUAAAGACCACAGCCGCUGCACUCUGAAGCAGAUGGAGUUCCUCUCUUUCACUGAAAACAUGGGAAUCAUCUUGACUCUAUUCUCUCUUGCAGGCGCCUGCUUCACUAUUGUUGUGGCAGUUGUGUUCUUUUGUUUCAUCGACACGCCCCUGGUUAAAGCCAGUAAUUCAGAGCUCAGCUUUCUGCUGUUGUUUUCUCUCACCCUGUGUUUCCUUUGUUCUCUCACUUUCAUCGGUCGGCCCUCUGAGUGGUCCUGCAGACUGAGACACACAGCGUUUGGGAUCACGUUUGCUCUCUGUCUGUCCUGUAUUCUGUCUAAGACUAUGAUAGUGGUCAUGGCUUUUAAAGCCUCAGUACCAGGUGCUGGGGUUCCUCAAUGUUCAUUGCCCUUGCAGAGACUGAGUGUAUUGUGCGGUACACUUCUGCAAGUGAUCAUAUGUGCCCUAUGGCUAGCACUUGCUCCUCCAGUUCCAAACAAGAACAUGGCUUACUCCACCAAUAAAAUCAUUCUAGAAUGUGAUCUUGGAUCAGCUGUGGGAUUCUGGGGUGUGCUGGGAUACAUUGGACUCCUAGCUGUCUUGUGUUUCAUACUGGCUUUUUUGGCUCGAAAGUUGCCAGAUAACUUUAAUGAGGCCAAAUUCAUCACAUUCAGUAUGCUGAUAUUUUGUGCAGUCUGGAUCACUUUUAUCCCAGCUUAUGUCAGCUCUCCUGGUAAAAUGACUGUAGCAGUGGAGAUAUUUGCCAUUUUAGCUUCUAGCUUUGGUCUCCUUUUCUGCAUAUUUCUUCCUAAAUGUUACAUAAUAAUAUUUAAACCAGAUAGAAACACAAAGAAACACGUGAUGGGUAAAGCACAUGUGAAAUCACAGUGA